AUGCAACCAUACUUAGGUUUAUUAAUAUUUAAACAUGAACCUAAUUCACUUGUUGAUUUAGAAUCAAAGCAGGAUAAUAUAUUCAACGCAACUCAUUAUUACAGUUCAGAUGAUGUACUUUUUUAUAUUGAUAUUCAACUUAAUAAUGUAGUUAUACAUUUAGGAGAUUACCAAGAAUCGUACUAUGAGGACUUCGUAAAUGCUAUCAAAAAAUUUGAUCCGAUUAUAUGGUAUCUACCUGAGCAUCAUAAUUCGCCUCGGGCCAUAAAUAAUAAUGAACCUGAUCAUAAUAUACGACGUGAUUUACGACCUUUGUUAUUAAAUGGUGAAAAGAUAUUGGUUGUGAAACACAACAGUUAUUGUUCAGUUGGUUUUUUUGGGCAAAAGAAUGGUAGUGACGUGCUUGUAACUGCAGGACAUUGUUUUGACGAAUAUCUACCUGAACUAUAG